CCAGGUUCCCGGACUGCGACGAGCCCUACCCUCGCCUGGUUGACCUCAACCUGGCGGGCGAGCCCACGGAGGAGGCGCCGAUGGCCGUGCAGAGGGAUUACGGCUUCUGGUGUCCCCGGGAGCUGAAAAUCGACCCCGAGCUGGGCUACUCCUUCCUCAGGGUGCGGGACUGCUCCCCUCCGUGCCCCAACAUGUACUUCCGCCGCGAGGAGCUCUCCUUCGCCCGCUACUUCAUCGGCGUCAUCUCCAUCGUCUGCCUCUCGGCCACCCUGUUCACCUUCCUCACCUUCCUCAUCGACGUCACGCGCUUCCGCUACCCGGAGCGCCCCAUCAUCUUCUACGCCGUCUGCUACAUGAUGGUGUCCCUCAUCUUCUUCAUCGGCUUCCUGCUGGAGGACCGCGUGGCCUGCAACGCCUCCAGCCCCUCGCAGUACAAGGCCUCCACGGUGACGCAGGGCUCGCACAACAAGGCCUGCACCAUGCUCUUCAUGGUGCUCUACUUCUUCACCAUGGCCGGCAGCGUCUGGUGGGUCAUCCUCACCAUCACCUGGUUCCUGGCCGCCGUGCCCAAGUGGGGCAGCGAGGCCAUCGAGAAGAAGGCGCUGCUGUUCCACGCCAGCGCCUGGGGCAUCCCGGGCACGCUCACCAUCAUCCUGCUGGCCAUGAACAAGAUCGAGGGCGACAACAUCAGCGGCGUGUGCUUCGUGGGGCUCUACGACGUGGAUGCGCUGCGCUACUUCGUGCUGGCGCCCCUGUGCCUCUACGUGGUGGUGGGCGUGUCCCUGCUGCUGGCCGGGAUCAUCUCCCUCAACCGCGUGCGCAUCGAGAUCCCGCUGGAGAAGGAGAACCAGGACAAGCUGGUCAAGUUCAUGAUCCGCAUCGGCGUCUUCAGCGUGCUCUACCUCGUGCCCCUGCUGGUGGUCAUCGGCUGCUACUUCUACGAGCAGGCCUACCGGGGCGUGUGGGAGACCACGUGGAUCCAGGAGCGCUGCCGCGAGUACCACAUCCCCUGUCCCUUCCAGGU